AUGCAGCGAAGUCAAAGCGGUGUACAGGGACCAAGACCGCCGGCAUAUGAUGGAAGAUCUCAACCGUAAGUUUAUGUCAUUUAGCUCGCUGCUCAGUUUCAGUAAAACCCGGAUGAAACGAGGCUGAUAGUGCACGAGAGUUAGCAGUGACACAACCUUGUUUAGCUGUUCUUAAUGCUUUUCCAACACUAUGUCACGUAUUGUAUAUCUCAUUCUCGCUGUACGCGCAGACAAUAUCAGACUUGUUGGAACAUAUAGGUCUCGAAUAAAUGUAUAAAAAAUUCCACUCUGAACUAAUAUUUUCUGACAGGUACACUCUGUACGGAAGAGACUUAUUUCUACCUAAACCAGGAAAUACACCUUCAUUCCAUUCAAUAAACAGAAUGGACCCCGGAAUGAACUCCAGAAUUGACCCUCAAGCUCAGCGCAAGAACGGCGCUUCGUCUCCACAAGAGAAAAGGGAAAGCAAAUCUUUCAAAAAGCUUGUACACAGUUUCAUGGGUUACACUUCGACCAAUGGUAUUGGACGUUUGGCAGAGUCUAAGACGAUAUUCUGGAAAAUAUUUUGGUCGUUGGUGUGCAUGGGUGCUUUUUCGAUGUUUAUUUAUCAAUUUAUUGAAUUGCUUCAACAAUAUUCGUCCAAACCAGUCUCGACUUCUGUGUCAGUCACUUUUGAAAAGGUACGUCUAAGUAAGACGAGUGGCGGUGCUUCAAUCACAAUUAAUAAUAUUGUAAAAAAUUACAGAUUAGACCAUCGUAGGUUAUUUUGAUGAUAAAUAUCGUAAUUGUCAAUGUAACAAACUGCUGAUAUUAGGCUGGUUGUUAAUUUCCAGCUUAUUGACAAGUUGUUAAGUCCUGCAGCAGACUGACAUUCGUCUUAAUCUUUAUCUAGCGACUCCCUUUCCCUGCCGUCACCAUCUGCAAUUUAAACAUUCUACGUAAAGACGCUAUACCACAGACUGUGAAAGAUGCACUCAAGAAAAAAUAUGACUAUUCUUCGAGUUCAACUGAUGGUGAGUUCAAUUGUUACAUCAGCUAAACCAAUAUAAAUAAAACUAGUUAAGAUAUGUAAGUCACCUGUGGUCUGUCAAAAAAAUACAGGCAACUUUCUGUAGUCAGUUAACUACACAACCUUUGCUUAAAACUGUCGCAUGCAACCUGCUUACAACUUGUGUAAAUCAAGCACAUAACUCGUCUACUCACAAGGGUGGGUAGUAGCGAAGUAGUUGUAGUUCGCUACUGUAGCGAACUACAAUUUUUAAGUAGCCAGUAGUUUUUUACUACAUUUUUAAAACAGUAGCUGUAGUUAUAGCGAACUUCAUUUUGCCUAAAAGUAGCCAAGUAGUUGACUAUACUUUUCAAACAGCAAAUCGCUAUUCGCUACUUUUAAAAAUUGUUAACAACUUGACAGAAUAGCAUGAUAUUGAGACACGGUUUGCUUAAAAUCGAUACUCAAUAGUCAAUUUGCACUCCUGAACACUGUAGUAAUUACAAAAAUGUUGCUUUGUGUUUACUGUUGCUACUCGUAAGUCGAUUUGUUAUAGGUUACAUUACAGUCUGAGUUAGUAUAGAUGCUCCAAAUACAGUAAAACUAAAAAAUAUAGCGUAGCGAAAUAGCGAAAUGUAGCGAAAAGCUGUAGUCAGUAGCGAACUACCUUUGUUCAAAAGUAGCAGUAGUUGUAGCUGACUACAUAUUUUUGAAGUAGCUGUAGUUAUAGCGAACUACAAACUCAAGUUGUAAGCACAGUUUUAGCCCAAAAUUGUGUAGUGUUAAUCGGCCUUGGUACUUUCUUUUUUACUCUCGCCCAGGCUCGGGAACAAAAAGACGGCGUCGCAACACUCCGGGUUCUGGAGAUUACAAUACUGACACCCCCAACACAGAUGCGCCUACGACAGACUAUUCUUACCAGGACUACUCCGGCGAUUUUUAUUAUAACGAUGACGAUUACUCUGAGUACCGUGAUGACGCCGAGGAGUAUGGGUCGGGUUACGAAAACUAUGACGAGGACGAAGAAGAAGAGUUUCCGGAUCCAGGUACGAUCAGCGCGGAAGCGAGGCUACGAUACGAAGUUGAUCUUGUGAUCGGAUCGUUGGAUGAGGCGGACCUUCGCGAUAGAGGACAUUUGUUUGAUGUUUUAGUCCGAAAUUGUACUUGGAAAGGAAUUGACUGUAAAACGGGGUAUGUAUUCAGCUCAUACAGUCUGACAGUCACACGGGAAAGGUUACACACCCAAAAACGCACAAGUUGUUACAGGUCUGCAAACAAACUUGCAAGUCGCUACAAAUCUGUUUACAAGCUGUCAAGGAGUUGUGUUCACAUUGCUUUUCCCCCUUUGUUGUAACAAGUUUAGAACAAGCUGUUAACAACUUGUAAUAAUCUUGAUCGCAUUAUCAGACUUGUUACAAGGUUGUUCUAACAAGUCUGAUACAGUCAUGAUAUAACAAGAAUGUUACAAGGUUGACGACACAAGGUUGUAACAAUAUUGUUAUAUCAUGACUGUAAGGGACUUGUUGGAACAACCUUGCAAUAAGUCUGAUAAUAUCAACAAGCUUGUUACAAGUUGUUAACAGCUUGUUCCAAACUUUGUUGACAACUUGGGACAACAGUGCGAACACAAGUUGGUGACGGCUUGUUGCUAGAUUUGCUGCAAGAUGCGAGAUUUUUGCGUGUGUACGUCGCACUAAGAAACCAGACAUACUACUACAGCAUGCGCAAUCUCGUUUCAAAUCAUGAUCGUUGGAUGACAGUCAACAUUAUCCAUUAAGGAAACAUUAACCAAUCAGAUGCAUUUGAUAUAUUCGAUUAACCAAUCAGAUGCGUUUGAUAUAUUCGAUUGACCAAUCAGAUGCAUUUGAUAUAUUCGAUUAACCAAUUAGAUGCAUUUGAUAUAUUCAAUUAACCAAUCAGAUGCAUUUGAUAUAUUCGAUUAACCAAUCAGAUGCGUACUAUACUAAGCCAGUUAGAAGUAGUGAUAGCGGUAGUGGGUCUGAACCUCUAUAUUGUAAAGGGGAAGGGGCGAAAGUUGAGAGAUUUUUCAAUCUGGUUCUACGAAUUAAUUUCCAUGACUGUAGACAUGUACUGAUGUAGGGAUUGAUAUGUACGCACGUAAAAACGCGAAAAUUGUUACAGUUCUGCAAACAAAUUGUAACAAGGUUGUUGUCAAGCCGAUAUCAGGAUGUGUUCGCACUGCUUGUUCCCAGUUGUUGCGCAAAGUCUGGAACAAGUUGUUAUCACCUUGUUACAAGGUUGAUAACGUUUACAGGCUGUUCGUAACAAGUUGUUACGAGCUUAUUGUCAUCAACCUGUUAACAACUUGUUCGUUGCGAGUCUGUUUGCCUUAUCAAUCUUGCCAGUGCGAACACAUCUUCCUGACAAGCUGUGAGAUAUUUACACGUGGCUAGCACACUGCUGAUACUGACUACCCUUUAAGGUUACAGGACACCUUUGAGUGUUAAUUUUGCCUAAACUUUUUUUAUUGGUUUCCAUGAAAGCAUUAGACUAGUUCUACUACCUGACCAAGUUUGAACGAAAAAUGUUGAAAACUCGCUGAGUUAUUUCAUAUAAUACAUUUCGCUGCAAUAAGAAAAACAUUGAAAAUGUAAUGUUCAAAUUCAAUUUUCUCCCGAAGAAUUUUACGGUAAUUACUGAUUUUCAAACGAGUUGUUCUCCUGCGGGUUUCAUCCAAUUUUUCUCAAAUUUUCACAGGAUAUAGCUAAAGACGUCAGUUUCAAAAUCGUGUUCGGCUUUGUUCUCAUUUUGGAUAUUUUAAUAAUAAAGAGCAAUUCACUCAAACAAUUCAGAAAUAUAUUGCAGUCGUCAAAGAAAUCGCCAUAUCAGCGGAAUGACGAAAUAAACAAAAAUUUCCGAACACGAUUUUUUAGAACAACUAUUUUACUAUUUAAAAAUGAUAUUUUCACUAAUAUACCUUUAAACCAGCAGGAGCACAACUCAAAAGCGUAACGAUACCGCGAUUUAAGAUUUUACUGAAUAAUUCUUACAUUAUUUUAUUGUUUGUUAAUUUUAUAACUUUACCAUAUUUUGCAUGCACUGGCGAACAUUUGGUGAAAAUUUUAUGAAAAUUGGACUGAUUUUGAGCGCGCAGUAGCGAUUUUCCGCAAAACGCCAGAAAGGGUGUCCUGUAACCUUAAGGUCUUGGUGUAAAUCAUUUAAAUCGAGUUGUGGUUGGUUCUCUUCUCUUCUUCUCACCUGAAAAACUAACCCUUCUACCUUGUGGCUGCGUGAUAUCGCCCACGUUUAAGCUGUAUUCCUUCCAAUCCAACUCUCAUUUGCAAGAAAGGAUUCAGAUUUUUGUACACCCUAUACUAUUUCCAUUUACCUUAUUAAAUAAAAUGUUGAAAUUUAUUUCGCAGAAAUAUAAGCAAGUAUUGGUCGCAUGAGUGGAACUACAAAUAUGGAAAUUGUUUUACGUUUAACCGCGGGAUGGACGAUGAAGGAAAACCGCAGCGUGUUUUCAGAGCAACAAAACCUGGUCCUUCGCAAGGUAAAAUAACUAAAUAGUUUCUAAAUUCGCCAAUACUGUAUGUGUUCUAUGACUGCAGCUUGUUCCCUGGACUAUACAGUUGUCUGAUUAUAAUUUCACGUCAGUCACACAGGAGAAGAUUGGUGUGUUGCCCGAGUUGGCCUUUACUAAAUACUGCUGGUUUUCUCUUGAUAGUCCGGUUUCCUAACUAAUUUCCUUAUUGAUCCCGCAGUAUGGCUUUUUGGGAGAACAGUUUAGAACUGAUAGAGUUAUCCAGUAUAAAUAAAGUUAGUUUAGUUUAGGUUUCCUCUUGUAGUAACACUAGACCAAUAGAACCAAUAAGAGAUGAUGUAUAAAUAAGUUAGUUUAGUUUAAGUUUCCUCCUCUAGUAACACUAGAUAAUACAUAAAUGGUGACUCUUAACAGACCUCUAUAGGGAGAAUAGUUUAUAACUGAUAGAACUGCUUAUUUUAAAGGUCUCUUACUGGAAAUUGAUGUGCAACAAGAGCAGUAUAUAGGAGCACUUACAGUCGAGGCUGGUAUUCGAGUAUUGUUACAUGAUCAGGGUCACAUGACCUUCCCUUAUGAAGAGGGUUUCAGUGUAUCACCAGGGAUGGCAACAUCAGUUGGGAUUAAGAAGGUGAGAUCAACGCCGGUAACAAAUGCAUAGACAAAUUUUUCUAACGUUGCAAUGUUCACAUCGUUGCUACCCGAUAUCAUUGUUGUAGUUUACCUGAGAAGCAUAGCCAAUAGGACAAAAGUGACUAAGCAUUAGAGUUAUGCUAUUCUAUGCGUCUGUAUACUAGAACAAUGAUAAUUAGUCUUGUGAGUUAUGUGAAGUUUUGAAUUAGGUAUAAACACACGCUAGCAUGUGCAUGUAUGUUCCUUGCAGACACAGAUUAUCAGACUGGAUAGAUUCAACAACAAAAGUUGUCUUCCUCAAGAUGAAUUACCAAUGACCAACAUUUAUCGACGUUAUAAAAAUAUCACAACUUAUUCACAACAGGUAAAUAUAUAAGAGAAUCGUAACAAAAUUUGUUGGUUGGUGUUAGUGGAACAGCGAUUAAUACAGCAUGCGUAUUUCAUCUAGUCUUUGAUUCCUGUGAUGUUGUAAUUCACCUCGGUUGUAUGUGAGAGAAAUACUUCCAAUUUAAGUCUCUCAAACGCCGCAAGUUUUGUCGGUGUACUUCUGUUUUUUGAAACAGUAAGGUAUGACACUUAUUGGACCUCUAGGGAGAACAGCUUAUAACCGAUAGAGCUAUCUAAUAUGAAUAAACGAUUGUCCCUUGCUGGAUGUCUAGUGAGAACAGGUUAGAAUUGAUCGAGCUGGUCUUACUUUUCGUGUAUCGUUUCAUGCGAUUUUUUAUCUUCCACUAGGCUUGCCUCAACUCAUGCCUUGGUCUGAGUCAAAUAUUCAGAUGUGGAUGUUCGGAAUACUCGUAUCCAUCUGAUAGAGACCCUUGUGACGUUUUUGAUUCGAAAACAAGUAAGUCGCUUAAUGUUAACCAUGAUCAAAUAGAAUAGAGGGAUAACCCUUACUCUAUAGGGAGAACAGUUUAGAACUGUAUGGUAUUGAAUGGUAUACAUGUACUGUGGUAUCUAUGGCAUAUGGUGCAGCACAUGCAGUAUGGUAUAGAUGAAUUAGCUUGAAAGAAUCGUCAUAUUUGGUCUGUUUUAGGUAGAUGCCUAAGGACUGUGAAAUAUCUUUUUAAUAACGAUAGGUUGUCAUGUCUUGCUGAUUGUAGACAGCCUUGCACGUAAGUACAAUGUCAGUCCCCCAGUCAAUUAAAUCAAUAUAGUAUGUACACCUAUCUACCUAGUGUCUUGGAGCUUAAUUUAGUUGAAAUCAAUUGGCAUUCCAGGGAAGAAGCAUUUCUGAAGACGAUCAGUUCAUCACAAUGGCCCUCCAAGGCUUAUAAGGUAUGUUAAUUUAAAUAAUCGUACUGUAAAUUACCUGUGGUUAUUUGUGUGUGUGGUCUGACGCGCAUCGUAUUUCUUUUAUAGGAUUAUCUCAUCUCACAAAACAAGUAUCACAAUGAAAGGUAGUUGAACAUGAUUGUCAUGUGAUUUUCUACAUGUUAUUCAACCAACAACACAAUUGUCAAAUGUGCAACGUGAGUGUUUUAAUAGUUGGUUCAUUUUGUUGUUCCCAGUGACAACAUGUUGCAACUGAAUGUGUUUUUCAACGAACUGAAUUUUGAAAAAAUUGAAGAACAGUUUUCUUAUGGGGUGAGUUUACUAGUUUUAUUAUUGCAGGAAUACAGUGAUUAGAAGGAUUCGAUUCUUCCUUCCAGGGGCGUCGGAAGCGGAGAGGGAGCACUUUUUAGUUAGGGGGGGGGCCUAAAUGUCUUUGGGCCCCUCACUUUUUAACAAUGGUAAAUAAUAAACCACAAAGUCAAUUGAUAUUAUUUGAAUUACGCGUGUAGACAAAACAAUUUGAGAUAUUUUAUGACAUUUUGUUACCUUUAGAACCCUGUAAAUCUCCUUCUAAAGCGCAGGAAAUGGACGAGGGGCAUGCCCCUGGACCCCGCUAGAAUUUAAGCCGCCUUUGGCUGGCGCUAAGUGUGCCCCCCUACUUUUAGAGCCGCUCCAACGCCCCUGCUUCUUUCCAUUCUUAAGUCUGAAAAUCCAGUAUACUCUACUAUACUGCGUUUCAACGAUAUUCAAACGUAGUGGUCCAGUGUAGGUAGUAUUCGAUCUACAAUAAGCUGUCGUGGUUUGUGUCUAGUGAACUCCCUGAAAAAGAUAUAUCAAACGUGAUGGUCCAGUGUAGGUAGCAGUCUAUAAUAUGCUGUCGUCUUUGUGUCCAAACUACCUGAAAAGAGUUAAGAAGAUUAAAAACCCGUUGUAUUCCUUCUAGACCAUCAACUUACUGGCUGAUAUCGGAGGACAAUUGGGUUUAUGGAUUGGAAUUUCUGUGAUAACAGUUUGUGAAUUUCUGGAGUUGAUUGUGAUGUUCUUUGCAGUUUGUAUCAAGAAAAUCAACGCUAUGAGUGAAGUUCAUGAGGUGCCCGCUUAUGGAUGA